GCAUUUCGGGUUUGGACGGACACGUCACGAUGGCGACAAAGAAGGCUGGAAAGCCCGACGACCAAGUCAAGCUCAAGAAGAUCCUCGAUGAGCUCAUGAAGCGAGACGACAACAGAUUCUGCGCAGAUUGUGGCGCGCGCGGUCCGAGAUGGGCGUCCAUCAACCUCGGGGUGUUCAUUUGCAUUGCGUGCUCGGGGAUCCAUCGAAGUCUUGGCGUCCAUCUCACGUUUGUGCGCAGUGUCAACCUUGACUCGUGGACCGGUGAUCAAGUGGCGCAAAUGCAAAAGUGGGGCAAUGCCAAGGCCAAAGACUACUUUGAAGCCCUUGUCCCCAAGGACUACCGCAUUCCCACAGAGCACUCCCCCGUUCGGGACAAGGAGAUCUGGAUCCGCGACAAGUACGAGCGAAAGCGAUUUAUCGCACGGGAUGGCGACGACCCGUCGGCGAAACGGACCAACAGCACCAGCAAGUCCAAGAAAGUGGUCGAGUCCGAGAGCGAAGCGUCCGAAGCCGAUGACCAACCAGCACCCCCCACGCGAAGAGGCACGUCCAAGGCGACGGCGGCGGCGCCGGCCGCCCCGGCAGCAGAUAUUUUAAACUUUGGCGACUUUUCCGCACCCGCUGCCGCCGCUCCUUCGAGCGCCGCUUUGUUUGGCGACUUUGGGGCCCCUCCCCCCCCCGCCCCGACGUUUGACGCGUUUGCAGCGGCGCCCCCUGCUGCCGCCAAGCACGACGAAUGGGCGGCGUUUGGCGGGUCGUCUCAGCAGAGUAACUUUGGGAGCAACUCUACAAAUGGUGGCCAAUUUGCAAGUGCACCCAAGAGUGGCGGCAACGAUCCAUUCCAACAAGGGGGAGGAGGCCACCAAGCGGCCAAGAACAACAUCAUGGCCAGCUUUGGCCAAACCCCUCAAAACGCAUUUGGCAACGCUGGGCCGACGACUCAACAGCAGCAACAACCCCCGUUUGGCCAAGGAGGGUUUCCCCAACCAAGCUACGGCGUCCCCCCGCCGCUGGGCUACCCACAGCCACCGUUUCCUGGACAACCAAAUGGUCCAUUUGGUGCGCCGUCUCAGCCGUUUGGUGGACUGCAGCAACCAGUUGGGGGGGGCUACGGAGGCCAACAACCUGGUGGCUUUCCGGGCCAGCAACUGCCCGGUGGAUUCCCAGGCCAACAGCCUAGCUACGGAGCGCCAACCCCUGUGUCCAAUUUUGGUGGACAGGUACAACAGCCCGGUGGUGGGUUUGGGGGGGCUCAACCUGGAUUGGGGGGAGGGUUCACCCAGGCACCGCAACAAGGCGGCGGGGCGUUCGCAAACAUCAACCCCCUGGGGGCCCCAGGAGGGUCGUUCGGGGGGGCUCCCCCCCCUGCCAACCAGUCGGGGGCAGUGGGCAUGUCGGCAUUUGGGACGGGUUCGAGAAACAACCCCCCACAACCACCGUUUGGACUGAAUCAACCGCCCUUUGGUACCCCGGGGUACAACCAAGGCGGGAACUUUGGCAGCAAUGGCAAUCGCAACAGUUUGCCAGGCGGGUUUGGAGGGCAGACCUUUAGCCAGCAGCCACAGUAUGGCCAGCAACCCCCACAACAGCAAUACCACCAACCCCCACAACAACCACAACAGCAAGACAAUCGCUUUGGAAGCUUUGGGGCGUUGACGGGUAUGGGCCAGCCACAACAGCAACAGCCCAACCGUGGCGGCUUCCCCCCGCAGCAACAACAACAAGCGAACGCGAACCCGUUCUUUUGAGCCGCUAACGACGAACACGAGCUGUUGAAUUGAAUAGUAUUAAUAGUUACUACUACUCUAUUACAUACAGUACACUGUAUUACUGUACUAGC